AUGAGCAGCAACUCAGGGACAGCACUCUCUGUUGACUCCAAAGAUGAAGAAGAUGACAUCGUUACUGGAUGUGGCCUUGCCUGCGUAACUAUGGAGGAGACUACCAAAGCUAGAAUCAUGUCACAGUUCCCUCCUCAAAUACCCUACAACGUCAGCGCCUGCGACACCCCUUGUUCCACAUGCAAGGCACUUCAUUGGAAGCUUGAAAAACACAGCAGACAAUGGGGGCACCAACGGCAAGCUAUUCAACGUGCUGCAAAACGUAUGUACCUUCAACAACGCGGUGUCAUUCACUUUGACUGCCGCAAAGCAAGACAAAACUGUUGCUGGGGAUGGUGGUACCUGGAGUUAUUGUAUCAAAGGCUCUUUAACACACCUCAUUGGCUCUGUGCUGCCACUAGAUGUUCAUCCAAAGAAGUUUGUGCAAAUGAUUAUCUUUGGAAACCAAGCAGAAGAGAACUAGCCCUACAAAAGCCUGCUAACUUGCCCAUGAAAAUCCAGACCCUCACAACCAUUCAGGCAUUCCUUUACCAUAACAACCCAUUCUCCAAUCUCUACAAGGCAGCAGAAGCUAUCCUUGAACCAUUACAACUACCUUGCGAGUAG